AGUGAGGGUGGGAUGCAAUACAGCAUGCGAGAGCUGGCAACAGAGAAUGGUUGGCUCGCUCACCAUGCAGAGAGGCAGUGCGAGCAUCGGAACCGUUUGACAGCAUUUGAGGACAAACCCGUUCUGAACUUCUGUCACCACCUCAACGUUCUAUUGCGACCAAUGGUGGAUUGAUGGAAGAAACUCACUGCAUAAUUGAGGGAGGCAUGUGCACAUUUCGAGAUACAUCCGAAUCUAUUUCAGGAUCAGGCCGAAUGCUGUGACCACAACGCCUUUGAGAGAGGAAAUGUCUAAGCAGUGAUAUCGAAUGCAGCUUCGCAAAUACGGUAUUAUGCACUGUUAAGGAUGGACGAGCUGAUGUUGUCCUUGUGACUGAGAUUUGACGACUUUCCACAUUACAGUGCACGUGUCUUGCUACAAUACAUAUGAUCUCCUAUUUAAGACUUUGGUUCGUGUCUGACGUAAUGUAUUUAUAGUGGACACCACAAGACAUUUCUCUCCACCAGCAGUGAGUCUGUAAAGGUAUAGGGGUACUGCGUUGAUCUAAAGAGAAAACAUUGUUUUGUCCAGCAUGCUUGUCAACCUUCAACUUCUCCAGUACAGCAUCUGGAUACACAGUCUGGGAGACCAUAAGCUUGAACAGUAGUAGCUCCACACCAGCCCUAGAGAAGCUGCCGCCGGUAUCUCAGUGGUGCUGAAAAGACAGCUCCUCGUUUCAGGACUCCCAAAGUUGACUUCCACUGAAAGCGUCUGCUUUUCACUGCUACAGAGCCGAGAGUUAGCUAAAUACUCUAAAUGGAUUAUUAUUUGGCUUGAAGGAGUAAGCCCGACUGUUCUCUUAGGUUACAUGGCUGUGGCACGCAAAAUAAAAACUUUGCUCACGGUUAACAUUUUUGUUUUUGUGGGGAUCAUAUUGUUCUCAGUGUACUGCAGAAUACAAGACCGUUCUGAGGAACUCAUUCAGAUCGGCAGGAUAUCAGACCAGAGACUGAGAACCAGGAAUGGAAAAGUGUCCAACUUAGUGGACAGGCAGUCUAUACUUCAGAGGCUGGAGCGGCUCGAGGACGUUGUCUACAACCAAUUAAACGGGCUGGCGAAGCCCAUGGGGCUGGUGGAGGGGCCUGGGGGUCUGGGCCAGGGAGGAGCAGCUGCCACUCUGGGGGACGACAGCCAUGUUGACGGGGAGGGAAAGUACGAGGAGUAUGGCUACAACGCCCAGCUCAGUGACCGCAUAUCCCUGGACCGUAGCAUCCCGGACUACAGACCCAAAAAGUGCAAGCAGUUGACCUACCCAGAGGACCUCCCUCAGAUCUCAGUGGUUUUCAUCUUUGUGAACGAGGCCUUGUCCGUCAUCUUGCGGUCCGUCCACAGCGUGGUCAACCACACCCCGGCACACCUUCUCAAGGAGAUCAUCCUGGUGGACGACAACAGCGACAGUGUGGAGCUGAAGUUCAACUUGGACCAGUAUGUGAACAAGCGUUACCCAGGCCUGGUAAAGAUCGUCCGCAACAGUAAGAGGGAGGGCCUGAUUCGAGCCAGGAUACACGGAUGGAACGCUGCAACAGCCCCGGUCGUAGGCUUCUUUGAUGCCCAUGUAGAGUUCAACACUGCCUGGGCGGAGCCUAUCCUGACCAGAGUGAAGGAGGACCAUACCCGGAUCAUCCUCCCGGCCAUCGACAACAUCAAGUUCAACACGUUCGAGGUGCAGCAGUACGCCAACGCGGCCCACGGCUACAACUGGGGCCUGUGGUGCAUGUACAUUAUCCCCCCUCAGGAGUGGCUGGACAAGGGCGACGAGACAGCCCCCAUCAGGACACCAGCUAUGAUCGGCUGCUCCUUUGUGGUGGACAGAGAAUACUUUGGCCAGAUCGGCCUCCUUGAUCCUGGCAUGGAAGUCUAUGGUGGCGAGAACAUUGAGCUUGGCAUGCGCGUGUGGCAGUGCGGUGGGAGCAUGGAGGUGCUGCCCUGCGCCAGAGUGGCACACAUCGAGCGGACAAAGAAGCCGUACAACAAUGACAUUGACUACUACGCCAAGAGGAAUGCCCUGCGGGCCGCCGAGGUCUGGAUGGACGAGUACAAGUCCCACGUCUACAUGGCCUGGAACAUCCCUAUGAAUAACCCUGGGGUUGACUAUGGGGACGUGUCUGAGCGGGUAGCCCUGAGGAAGAGGCUGCAGUGUCGGAGCUUCCGCUGGUACCUGGAAAAUGUCUACCCAGAGAUGCGCAUCUACAACAACACAAUCACAUAUGGGGAGGUCAGGAACAGUAAGGCCAGUGGCUACUGUCUGGACCAGGGAUCAGAGGACGAUGACAAAGCCAUUCUCUACCCCUGCCACGGGAUGUCCUCACAGCUUGCCCGUUACUCAACAGAGGGCCUGCUGCAGUUAGGACCCCUAGGGUCAACCACCUUCCUGCCCAAUACAAAAUGUCUCAUUGACGACGGAAGAGGGCGCACGCCCAGCUUGAAAAAAUGUGACUCUGUUUCGCGGGUUUCGCAGAGGCUGUGGGAUUUUACACAGAAUGGUCCAAUCAUCAGCAGGGACACUGGACGGUGCCUGGAGGUGGAGAUGUCCAAAGAUGCCAACUUUGGCCUUCGACUGGUGGUGCAGAGGUGUUCUGGUCAAAAGUGGGUGAUACGGAACUGGAUAAAGCAUCCGAGGCAUUGAGGCAAGACAUUACCUCUGAGAAAAUUAUGUAAUUUCAGUCUUGGAAGACAAACCCAUGGACAGACAGUCAGAGAGCAUUUCAUAUGAGAUAGCUAUAGGCCCUGGGACUGAUGAGAUGAGUUCACAGUGUGUGGAUUAUUCUAUGGACUGUGUGCACUGAGCCCUCCCCUUAGAGCAAAAAGCUUUCAACUGCUGAAUCUUCAGAAGAAUAUGAUCAAUAUACAGUAUGUGUUCAGCUGAGCUGGGGGUCAAAUGUGGAGACCAUACCAUAGGCUUACAGCGAGCUAUAUAGUACUGUUUGAAAUACUCUACGUUUCUUACAGAACAUACACCUACAUGUACAAAAUAAUAAUAAGACACUUGAAUGAAACUCCCAAUGUGGUUCAACACUGACAAUGACAAGAAUUGUGAUUUUGAUAUAAAGCCAAUCCCAGGAAUCUUUGUAGAUGAGGUUGGAGCGAGUAAUUUUGUUGAUUCGACUGAGCAGAUCAAAAUAUGAAAUUGCUUAUCAGUCGCCAUAUCAAUCUGUCAUUACUUCAGGCUGUCAUUUGGAUAAUUGCUUUGGACAUUUCACAAUCCUGAUAAGAGAUUUUUUUAUAUGACUCAAAAAGCUGUUCAUCUUCCUGAUGAACUUAUAAGAAUGCAAAGCAACUACUGUUCUCACAAAUACAAAAGGAUAUUAUUUUGUAUUUUUCUUUUGACUGUAUUGCUUGCCACUAAUUAUCAGAGCAAUAGCGUGCCUUUUUACAUCCUUAUGCUUCAUCUGACCAGGGAAUGUCAAUUCCACAAGCAUGUACAAAUUAUGUUAAAGUCAUUAAUAUAUAAACCAAUGUAAAGAUGUCUAAAUAAUAGUAAUAUAUUGUAAAAUAGAAAUUGGUAUCAGUCCUCCAAGAAAAGUUAGGAUAAUAAAAUGUUUUAAUUAACUGCAUUCAUUUAAAAAAAAUGCUAUAUUUUAAACCAUUGUGUACAGAGCCAGGCAGUGUACAUAUUGGAACAUUUCAGGAUUUCUAAAGAUUUUCCUUACCCACAAUGAUGUUCACUGCAUGUUACAUGGAAGCCAGGGCCUAUUUUUUACAGAUGUAAAGCCAGAUGCGGGUGGUUGUUUGACUUUGACAGUGUAAGCCCACUUACCUGCCUUUGUUGUGUUUCCACUUACAGCCUCCUACUGGAUAAUGGCCUCGCAACUCUCUAAUCGUUAAACCCCACCCACAGAAUAACAGGUCUUCACAAAGUACUGAAAGCGUUUCAAUUUAUUACGCUCAGCAAGAAACUCUUUUCCCACUGUAUUUUCUGAUGCCCGGCCAAAAAGUGAACAACUUUGAAGAUAAAUAACUCUCUCUAAACAUUUUUUGGUGCCUCUCAU